AUGGCAACACCGCCCUCUGAGAAAGAACAACUUCCUCAACUUUCUCCUGUGCCUCCGGAACGCUCCGUUACGCCGGUUCCACCAGCUAGAAACCGGAAGCGAAAGGUUGUGCCACUGCGUUGUUCAGAAGUUCGAUGGUUCUACCGAAAAAAAGCUGCCGAUCAAAAAUGGAUUCCGCUGAAAGGAACCGAUUCGUUGCGCUUGGAGCUCCGAUUUCGUGAACUCAGUGGCGCUGAGGUGGACGCUCAGACACAAUCAAAAAUGAUUGAAGAAGGUAUCAAGGAGACGAAUAAUGCUGUAAUUUUGGAUGGACUUUACAUUGCAAGUGAAGAUUUGACGACUGUUUCUGCCCUUUAUUGGAAAGACGAUACAGCUGAAUUGCGAAGAGGAACCUGGUUCUUGCCGGACUGGCAGCCAUUGCGACCGGAAAUGGCGGAUGCUAUUGAAGCGCACCAUUUGAAAUGUUUCGAAAAUCAAACGAUUCCGGAAACUCUUUCAAUGUUUUCUGAGAAGGAAGCUAUCAAAAAGCCUCAACUGACGGAGUUGGCGCAUGAUAACUAUGAGGUCAAAUGGAGCUCAGUGAUUGACAUCUUCUUAUACAACACAAACAAAACGAGUCGCUUUUUAAGGUACAUUUCCUGGGGAAAGCCCACUUCACUUCGACGAGGAUUUGACAAAGAGAGCGAGUGGAGUGAUGAAGCACCGCCUGUCUCACAUUUGGUACUUGUUGUGCAUGGAAUUGGCCAAAAAGGAUAUGAGAAUCUCAUUGCCGAAAAUACAGCACAGGUUCGAGACGCUGUUUAUGCUCAGAUGGAGAGAUAUUAUCCGGAUGAAAAAUCACGACCGAUGUUUUUGCCGAUUGAAUGGAGGUCAAUGUUGGAGCUUGAUAAAGGAGUUACCGAUACGAUUACGUUGCCCAAAAUGUCGUCGAUGAGGGAAGCGCUCAACAGCACGGCUAUGGAUAUCAUGUACUAUCAAAGUCCGUUAUACCGAAAAGAGAUUAUUGAUGGUGUCGCUCGACAAAUGAAUAAUGUUUACAAGCUGUUUAUGGACAACAACCCAUCAUUCUCCGGACCGAUCUCUAUUUUCGCUCAUUCGCUGGGGAGUGUCAUUACGUAUGACAUUCUAACGGCCUGGAAUCCAAUUUUGCUUUACGAUCAGUAUGUCACUGAAGCCAUUGAUGAGCAUAUGGGUCAAGCCGAAGAUGAAAGUUCACGAAAAACUAUACAAGAAUAUCUGGCUGCACGGAAAAAUCUAUACAAGAGCAUUGAAGGUGGAAUGCAAACAUUAUUGGUUUCGAAAAACGAGCAGCUCAACUUUAAGGUGAAAAAUCUUUUCGCCGUUGGAUCGCCGCUUGCAGUGUUCUUGGUGAUGCGCGGAGCUGAACAAAAAACGGUUCUACCUGAUAAAAAUGUGGUUGGGAGAAUUUACAAUCUCUUCCAUCCAUAUGAUCCGGUUGCCUAUCGCCUCGAACCUUUGUUUGCUCAAGAAUACCGAUGGAUUCGGCCGGUGAAACUAUUUUCGGCUAGCGACCUGCGUGGAAAGGACCCAUACGAUGAUUUGCCUAUGGAGCUGCACAAACAAUACAUCAAAAAGCUCAAAGCUGGAAACAAAGCGAAAAAAGGCGACAACAAAAAUGGUGACGCUAAAUCGGAAGAAAUUGAGGACGAAGAUGAUUCGGAAGAAGAUGCUCGCUCAGCCUGUUCUUCCCCAAGAUCUCUGACACCUCCAGUAGGAGGUGAAGAAGAAAAGCCAGCCAAAAAGGGAUGGUUUUGGACUUCCAACAAUAGCACCAGUCAGGGUAGCACGAAAUCGAAAGCAUCCGUUAAAGAGAAAGAAAAAAACGAAGUCGAAGUAGCAAAAGAAGCAGCCGAGAUGCCAAUUGAGAAGAUGACUGAGCUGGACAAGCUGUUGGAGAAAGUUGGGCAGGAAAUGCGACCACCAAUGCGAAUCGAUUUCAAUGUUCAGCCAUCUUUGACUGACAAAGGUUAUUGGUCUGUCUUGAAAAGCCACUUUGCAUAUUGGACCAACACUGACAUUGCUCUCUUCUUGGUGAAUGUACUUUAUGACUCUGGACGGGUGAUGUCAGCGCCAAAAGAUCGAUCGUCUACAGUGUUCAACGCCGCAAAUGAGAAAGACGUAAAAGUCUCAAAUGCACCGGUUUCGGCGCAAAUC